AUGACAAAUCUCGAGGAUAUCAAUUCUUGUUUAGCGACAAAGCUUCCAUACCCUUUCAGGGUAGCAACAGCAACAGCAGGAGGCCGCUCCGGCGGACAAGCCACAUCGUCCUCUCAUCCAGCAUAUCAAAGAAGAUAUCAAGGGAAGCCAUCUACUCCACAGGGGCAAACCUUUAUUGACAACGAUUUAACCAAACGGCGGGCCGUCAAGACUAAGGGUGAGGACAACCUGGGGCCUGAUAAUUCGACAAACAUUAUGUUGGCAUAA